CAAUUAAUGAACAGUAAUAAAAGGAGAAAGCAAUCAAACAUUUAAAAAUAGAGUUCUUCCAAAAAAAAAUAUUUUUAAUGGUGUUCAAAAAUGUUGGUGUGGUAGGUAGAUGAACAGGAUUUAUGAGUGGGAAUGAUGACAGACAGCACAACAAUUAGCGCGAGAUCACCUACUCUGCGAUUUGAACAGUAUAUUGACUUUCUAAUCAUCUGCGAUUUUCAACUAUUUCAUCUUCAAUUGUUAUGGAUUCAUCAUCUCAUACUCAGUCUCAGAUUAUUACCUGCAAAGCUGCUGUGGCAUGGGGACCUGGUCAAGAUUUGGUAAUGGAAGAUGUUGAACUUAGUCCACCACAAUCCAUGGAAAUUCGGAUCAAAGUUGUUUGUACUUCUCUUUGUCGUAGUGAUCUUUCCGCUUGGCAAUCACAAUCUCAGGAACUCUUCCCUCGGAUUUUUGGCCAUGAAGCAUCUGGAAUUGUUGAGAGUGUGGGGGAAGGAGUGACAGAAUUCCAAGAGGGUGAUCAUGUGCUGACAUUAUUUACGGGAGAGUGUAUGACAUGCAAACAUUGCAAGUCUAGUGAAAGCAAUAUGUGUCAGGUUCUUGGUUUGGAAAGAAGAGGUGUAAUGCACAGUGACCAGAAGACACGGUUUACAAUCAAGGGAAAACCUGUUUAUCAUUAUUGUGCCGUAUCCAGUUUCAGUGAGUAUACUGUCGUUCACUCUGGUUGCGCUGUGAAAGUGAGACCUGAUGCUCCUUUGGAAAAAUUGUGUCUUUUCAGUUGUGGAGUAGCUGCUGGUCUAGGUGCUGCUUGGAAAGUUGCAAAUAUAUCAAAAGAGUCAACCGUAGUGAUUUUUGGCCUUGGAACUGUCGGACUUUCUGUAGCUCUGGGUGCCAAAAUAAGAGGAGCUUCUCAAAUUAUAGGCGUUGACACAAACUCCGACAAGUUUGAGAGAGCAAGAUUAUUUGGAAUAACAGACUGUCUUAAUCCAACAGACCAUGAUGAACCUAUACAUCAGGUCAUUAAACGCAUGACUAACGGAGGAGCAGAUUAUGCAUUUGAGUGUGUGGGUGACACCAGAACUGUAACAACAGCUUUGCUGUCAUGUUGUGAUGGAUGGGGUUUGACUGUUACUCUUGGUGUGCCAAAGAUGGAUCCUGAAGUGAGAGCUCAUUAUGGAUUGCUUCUUUCAGGGAGAACAUUGAAGGGAACUCUUUUUGGAGGGUGGAAACCUAAGUCAGAACUUCCUAAAUUGAUGGACAUGUACAUAAGGAAGGAAAUCCCAUUAGAUGAAUUCAUCACACAUAAUCUUCAAUUUGUGGACAUAAACAAAGCAUUUGAUCUUAUGAACGGAGGGAAGUGCCUACGCUGUGUCAUUCACAUGCCUAAUUAGUUGAUUUGUUUCUCUGGAUUCCACGGGCAAUAAUUCUUUUCCGGCAAGUUUAGUGACGCAGUUGUUACCAACUGUUAUCAUGUUCAGACGGGGUAGUAAGAACGACAGUUCGUAGCAGUAGUAGUACGACUGUACGAGGUUUCUAAGGUAAUUAAGUAAAGCUUUGAUGUGAGUAAAUUGAAAUCCUUGGUCACUACCAAAAGGCUAAAUGUUGAGUACAACUGAAAAUUUUUACUCAAUUACAUUCUGACAUAUUGAAGUGCAGCAAUGUUUUGUAA